UCGUGCUAUCGAAGGUUUGAAAAGCAGCUGAUCAAGUUUACCGCAAGUGCCAUGCGUCUUGACGAGUGUUUGGAGCAGCAAUGCGAUGAUACUCGGCAGGCAGAACUUCAAGUUCAAGAAGGUAACCAAACAGAAACUGACUGCUUCACUUGUAUCGACAAUAAUUCAGUAAAUGAAUGUAACGUUUUUGAAGAUAGGAUUCGUGUGGAUCGCAGAAAGCUCGAACAGAUGAUACAAGGUGAUACAGCGGACGGAAAAGUCAAAACUGCGGACGAUUUUUUCCAAAAGAUUAUGGAUGAAACUGACACUCAGAUUUCCUGGCCUUCAAAAUUGAAAAUUGGUGCAAAGUCGAGAAAAGUAGACCCUCACAUCAAAAUUUGUGGAAGACAACCUGCUGUUGCUGGAGCCAGGGAAAAGAUUUUGGAAGUUUUAGACACAAAGCAACGAAACAGGGUUACUUUAAAGAUGGACAUUUCACACACUGACCACUCCCACAUAAUAGGAAAGGGUGGAAACAACAUUCAGAAGGUAAUGGAUGAAACAGGAUGCCACAUUCAUUUCCCAGACUCCAACCGUAACAGUUUGGCUGAAAAGAGCAACCAGGUUUCUAUUGCUGGCCAACCUGGAGGAGCAGAGAAAGCAAGAUGUAGAGUAAGAGAACUUUUGCCACUUGUGUUUUCUUUUCAACUGCCAUUUUCUGUGAUGCCAUCACCACCAGACACUACAUCUCAAGCUCUUCAGCUUAUUCAACAUAACUAUGGCUUUACAAUAUCAGUGAAAACGUGGCCCCGUGGCAGUUACCAUGUCAUCAUUAUUAGAGGUUGUAGAAAAGAUUUUAUUUUAAUCAAACAAGGCCUAUUUAUACUAAUGGACUUCUUGACUGGGAGUAUAGGUACAAUAUUUCCAGUAACACUGAAUAUAGAAAUACCUCCACAUAACCAGAGUUUUGUCAUGGGGAGAAACAGAAUAAAUGUGCAAACAAUAAUGCAGCAAACAGGUGCACUCAUAACCUUCCCUGAUUCCACAGUUGGUUUAUCUGAAUCAACAGAGAGUUUGGUUACUCGUGUGCAGCGUGCCUCUACCGUGAUAAUCAGUGGUGUAAUUGAUGCUAUAUAUGUAGCCUGGCAAGAGUUAAUGGGCUAUCUUCCUCUAGUUCUUAUGUUUGAUCUGAAAGAUGGACAGGAGUUAAACACAGCCCUUAUUCACCAACUCAUGGAAUAUCUGAAAGUUAACAUCAUAAUCAGACCCAAGCCAAGACAGAACAGUAAGUCGGUUGUGGUACGGGGAUCAGAGAAAGAUUCUCGAGCUCUGUUUGAAGUUAGAAGACAGCUGCUUGGAUUGGAUGAGUCAGCAGUACCUUUGUGUUGUGACAAGCACUUUCUUUCUAGAGCACAUCCCAUUUUGAUGUCUACUUUAGGCCUCACUGGAGGAACCUUGAAUCUCCAAAACCAACUGAGAGACAUCAGUAGAGUACUUAGUGAAAAAAAUAAAGAAACUGCCAUUACUGGUAAUAUCCCAUCAAGUCCUCAUUUUCUCAUGAACAAUAUCGAGAAUCUUCAACUGCCUCUUAACUCAUCACUCCUCUCUACUUUGAUAGCCAACCAGUCUCAGCUAUUGGCAGCAAAUUCUGUCUCAAAUAUCUAUAACCAGUUUCCACAGAACUAUAUUCCCAACAUUUAUGGUAAUUUUUUUUCAACUCGAAUGGCCAAUUUGUUUAAUAAUCCAAGCUAUUUGCCUAGAGAUGGAUUGGGAAUAAAUCCGUAUGAAUUGCUGAUGACUGGAAUCCCUGAUCAAGCUUUUUGUAUGUCUGGAAGUAACAGUACUUGUAGUACUCUGUCCAGUCCAAGCCUGAGCCCUCAGCCAAGUCCUCUAAAUCUUCUAGGCUCUGACUGGGCAAAUGUAUGUAGUGGAGGAAGUAACAACAAUGAAGAAGCAUCCAUUGGUUGGAAAAAUUGGACAGACAUUCCUGAAGGUCCCAGACCAGUCUUGGGAUAUACUGCAUCUUCAGGAAACAAAACCCAAAGUACUAAUCAUGCAGAAUUUGGUUUGAAUGGAGAAAUUUCUUGUCAUCCAGAAUUAGGAUCACGUCCCACAUUAUGCAUUCAUAAUGACAGCAAUCUUGGCGCUACAGGUUACUCAAGUGAGAAAGACAUAGGUACUGUAGGCUGCGAAAGAAAAAAUAUACAGGAUUCCUUCCCAUUCAACUAUGAAGAAAGAAAAUUACUUGCUACCAAAGCUGUGCAGAAGCCAUUGAGCUCGGAAGCUCGAAAACCAACUAACAUUUGGUCUGGAUUUGGAUUUUCAAAGUCUUUGCCAGAGACUGUCAUCAAACAGAAGUGGCAGACUGGAUUAAAAAAACCUUCUAUUCCAGAAACUGUACAGGAAGAAAAAGAUGUCUUAAGUCAGAUGGAUAGUAUCUGGAGUUAUAAUACCUAUGGUGCAUCUAAUCUGGAUAAAUCUCGGGAAGCAAUAAGAUGUGGUUAUGGACAGGAUAAUGACUUGAGUAGACACAGAAAUUCACUAUUUAGUAGCAGUAAUUGCUUUGACUACUAUCCAUGCAGACCUCUGUUAUCUGCUCUGGGCAAUGUCAGUGAUGUUCCUCAAUUGCUAUGCAGGCUAGGAAUGUUGAAGUAUGUAGAUGUUUUCCAACAAAAUGAGAUUGACCUUGCAACAUUCCUUAAGCUAACCAGUAAAGAUUUGCAGGACUUGAACAUUCCUCCGGUUCCAAGACAAAAGAUUCUAUCUGCCAUUUCGGCCUUGACCAAAGAAAAACAAAUGCAUAAACAAUAUUUGGAAAAGGAGUGGAACUUCAAGUUAUAGGCAAUUAAGGAGGAAAAUAGCUUUAUUAAUGAAACUUGUUUAUGAAAAGAGUGAAUUUGUACUGUAAUAUAUGUAACUGGUGCUAAUAAAUACUUAGUUUUAAAGAAAAUGCUGUGAAUAACAAAUUACUUUAAUUCACUAUUUAGAGGUUAGAUUUUAAUUAUUUGUAUUACCAUAUUUUUAUUCCUGGUUUUAAUUUAUUUGGAUAUAUUUAUUUUUCUCCAAACCAAAAGUCUUGUAUUUGUAUUUACCAAUAUUAAAGUUGGGUUAAUAUUUAUCUUGCUUUAUUCCAAUAAAGAUACUUAUGUGAAAAAUAUAAGUGUAUUAACAGCAUUUCAUAAACUGUUGUACAGUUUGAAGCUUGUACCUUAUCAGUUAAGAAUAAUUCAUACAAAAACUAUUGCAAUAUUUUACCACACUUUUUUUAAAGUUGUAUUUAAAAUCUUUAAGAUUUUUUUUUUCUUCCUUGAGAAAUAACCAAAAAUAAUAACUGUUUGUUGUGAAUGUUAUUGGACAUGUUAUUAUGUACUGCUGUGAUUUUUCUUAAUAGAACAUACAUAGGUUAAAUGGUUUAAAUUUUAGUUUAUCUUGAAUCAUUCAAAAAAUAUUAAACGAGAUUAGUUAAGUUCCUAUUCUUUAAUUUUCAGGUUAAGUUUUGUGUAUACAUAUUUAAUUUCAGAUUUUGUUUACAGAAUGACCAGAAUUUUUUUAAUCAGUUGUCAAAAAUAUUUUUAGUGAUUAAGUGUCUUGGAUCAAGUUCUCAUAGAAAAGUAAAUAAAAUUAAAGGUUGUGAUUUUAGAAUUGAAUUGAGCUUAAAAUGUUUUACUCAAGUUUACAGGUACUGUAUGUUUGAAUACAGCUCAUAAAAGCUUCGUUUAUUUAAUUGAAAACUUUUUUAACACAUCUUUCUCUGUACUAAUAGAAGCUUAAUUGACGUAGUAAGGCCAAAAGUUUUUAAUGUGUAGAUUAGAUUACAAAAGACAUUUGUAUAUAAUUGUUAGAAGCCAUACUGAUUGCAAGAUAAAAGGGAUACAUUUUAAGGUGUUUCUAUGAAAGUGUUAAUUGGAAUUAUGAAUCUAAAUAAAAGUUGGCUAAUAUAUAUAUUACUUCUUUUUCUAGUCUUAGAGAAUUUGUUGGGAAAUUCUGAGAUCAAAUGUAUUUUUUGAUACUGUUUCAAAGUGUUUUUUAUAUGGAGGUCAAUAAAGAGUUAUCUAAAUU